UCCACUUUCACAGGAAAAAAUCUGCCGCAAUAUAAAUGAUAGACAGUGAGAAUAAAGUAGACAUGCAGAGGCUAUCAAUUAUUUUACAAUAUAUUGGCAAGUCUGAAUGACUACAUGUGUCUCAUGCUAUAGAGCAUUAAUUUAUUAUUUUUAGUCUAUUUGAUUUUCUGAAGCAGUGGUUUCUGGAAAGAAAUUGGAGGAAUAUAAAUAAAGUAUCCUUUGCCUUGUUAAAUCCCGCACUUGAUAGAAGCGAAAGGAAACAAUUGCAUGUGACGAAAGAAAACAAGAUAAUAUGUACUGAAGCUAGACGAAAGAGGUCACAUUGGACAGUCACCAGAAUAUUUAGAAAUCACGAAAUGCUUGGGAGACAAUCAAGCCUGAUUGUCGUUUAGAUUAAUCCUCUGGGAAUGGCUUUCAUUAAAUUUUCUAGCGUUAUGCUUCCUUUGUAAUCAAUAACUUUCGACUUAACGACGGCAGUAUUAAUCAGAGACCAGAAGGUAAAAGCUGUUUAUAACGAAGCUAAAAUUGUGAUAUCAUGGACAGAUCGAACUACAAAGAGGAGUUAUUAAGAUACGUGCUAUAAGAUCAAAUUUAUUUCAAAACAAUAUUUUAAAAGAGCCUAUGCUUCUCCUUGUGGUAAAUGUCGACAUUUAAAAGCAAUUUGCUACACACGCUAACAAUUCACGAACACUAAUUAAGAGAAAAGGGAGGAUGGCAUAUUAAUUUUUGCUAUGUAUUUAUCUUCGUGCGUCAUAUAUAAUUCAACUUCCUUGUGAAUUUUGGAAGCACUGCAUAUAACUUUGAAGCAAUGAAUGCUUCAAACCAUACGAUACCUGACCUUGAAGUAUUUUUGAGUGAAUUCAAGCCAAAAGCUCCCGUAUUUCAAGCUUUUAUUGUGAGUGUAUUUUCUCUGACGAUAAUAUUAUGUAAUUUCGUUCUUAUAAUGGCAGUUGCACGUACGCCAAAUUUACACACGAAAACUAAUGCUUUACUGGUUUCUGUUGCACUAAGUGAGGUCAUGUUAGGAGUUUUCGUCAUGCCGUUUAUAGCGGCAGUUCUUUUCGUACCUUCUUUGCGAUUUUCAGCGAAACUGUGUCAAUUUGUAGCAUUUAUGACGUCGUUAUCGACGUCAUCAAGAUCUCUGAGUAUGCUUAGUGUUGCUGUGGAUAGAUGUAUAGCAAUAUCACAUCCGUUACAAUACAGCAGUUGCAUAACUAAAACGACUACAGCAGUGUUUGCAGCAGGUGUUUGGGUUAUAAGCAUUUUAUUUGCUAUCUUGCCUCAAGUACAUGUAGGUAAACAUGGCUUUCUUACUGUGUAUGGACGAUGCAUGAUCGAUCUUUAUUUGACACCAGUUUUCGCGAUAGUAAAGGAACUUACGUGUUCAUUAGUGCCAUCUAUUGGAGUGCUUGUAACAUUCAUCAUCGUAAUAACGGAAGCCCGUUCCCACAAUCGAGUAACAAUGAUUGCCCAGCUUGCUAUUGCAAUGUAUUCAGGACCUUUGAGGGGUAUAAACUACACCAGAACUACUUUCAAGGCAUUGAGGACAUACCUCGUGAUUUCCUGUGUUUACCUUUUGACGUGUUUUCCUCGAUCUCUAUAUGUGAUUGUUGUAGCUGCGACUAGUAAUCAUUCAAACUCGUUAUUCACGUUCUUUUCUUUCUUAACAUAUUUUUGUUCAAUAUCUACGCCAUUAGUGAUAACCACCUUAAAUAUAAAAUUUCGACAAAGUAUUUCAACUAUUUUUGUGCGGAAAAAUAAAGUCAAUCCCGUUUCUGACCAUGAACCGUACACAAUAUCGACAGGAUUACAUACUAUUUUGGAGCAUUCUAUGGUGUUUCCAUGCGUUCCUUUAGCAGAACAAAAAAAUACAAAAACGGAAUCAUUCAGGGAACCGAAAGCCGGUCCAUCACGACUAGAACCAAUAGUGCGAUUCCAACCACGUCGAAUAUCAGUUUUACAUGAAGCGCAAAGUUCAAGCUCUAGUGACGUUACUGUGAUAAAACCUGUGCAUGCCGUUUUAAGAAAGACUCUAUCGUCUCCGUCAUGAUCAUGGAGAGCCAGAAAAUGUAUCUCCGAGUAAAUUUUUAUCCAGUUUUAAUUCAUACAUAGAUACACUGUUUCCAUCAGUGAUUUUUUUCUAAGUAGAUCUCGCUAAUGGGUUUUUAUAUUAUUAAGGAAGAUAGUUUGCCUAUGACGUCAACACAAUAUAUCGCUGCAUGUAUUACAACACGAUCACAGUGCAAUGUGAUCUCUGGUCUGAAAUUCGGACAAUAUGGCGAGGACAAUUAGUGAAUUCCGAGAAAAACAGUCAUUCUGUAACAAAAUAGACAAUAAAAGCUCAAUCUUUAAUCGCUAGUAUUGCAAUCACAUCGGUCCAUAAGAUUCAUGUUUUAUUUACGUUAUUUUAACUGUGACCAACUGUUUUUUUUACAUUUUGAAAUAACUUCUCUGUGAUACUUGUUAAGUAAGCUGUUAUAAAUUUGAUUA